GCCAGCGCUAAUGUCAGUGGCGGCAACGAGGCUUCGGCGAUGUUCCUUCUUCUCGCCCUCUCCUCCCUCGCCUCGCGCGCCCCCGAUACAGGCGCCAGCCAGUGCACCGAGCUCAAUGGGUGCCGGCGCAUGUUUGACAUCGUCUGGGGCUGCCUCGUAACCGUCGUCGCGUGCAUCUGGGUGUCUGUACACCCAAAUGUCCCCGCUCCAAGUCCCAAAGAGCCAGAGAAGAGUGCCGGGCAGUGGAACUGGCUGAUAUGGCACCUCCGGGACACGCUUGGGCCGCUAAAACAGCGUCUGAAGCUCAUGUUCGCGGCGCUGCUUGCCCCAGAACUCAUCGUCGGAUUCGCGGGGAGACAGCUGUGGAUGGCGCGGUCUUUCGCUGAAAAAUACGAUGUCUCUCUGGCACACGGCUUUUUCAUCGGCAUGGGUGGCUUUAUCGAUGAUGAUGGCCACCCCAUCGUAACUUGUGCCCAAAUUUCCGCCAAUCCCGAUCUUCUCAUCGGGAUCCAAUCUGUAUCGACUGCCACACUCAAAGACAAAAGCAAAGGCGAUCUCUUCUCGAAAGGCAUUGCACUAUGUCAGGGGCUGUGGUUUGUGGCGCAGUGCAUCGCCCGCCGGGUGCAGAAUCUCCCGCUGUCCGAGCUGGAAGUUGCCACACUUGCGUUUGCGACUAUCAACGCGUUUACGUGGCUGCUCUGGUGGGGGAAGCCGCUCGACGUCCGCGACCCGAUCGUCAUCCACUCCCCCCGGCCCGCAGAGCCGCGUGUUCCGCCGUACGUGUCGCGCGUCACACAGUUGCUGAUUCUCUUCACCGGCGUCUGCUCCGACGACGAAUUUGCGCCGGGAGCAACCGGCGUCACUAGCGUCCCCGCUUUCUGGUGCGCUGCAACGGCCGACAUCUCUGAUGCCUCUUACACACUUGCGAUGGCUUGCGAAUUUCUCUGUGCCGUUCUCUUCGGCGCUAUUCACCUCGCUGCGUGGGGCAAUGCGUUUCCCACGCCUUUUGAGAGCUGGCUAUGGCGUGCCGCAACACUUGCCAUAGUUGCCCCACCUGCCAUCCUUGUUUGUCUAACUGCGCUCGAUGCGUUCUCCAAUGUUGUGAACUUCUUCCCCAGCGACACGCUGGGAAAUGCCUUCCUCAGCAUAGGCGGCAUUUUCUACGCCACGGGUCGGCUGUUCCUCCUGGUCUUGCCCUUUACAACGCUUCGUGCACUGCCCUAUAAGACAUUUGUUGACGUAGACUGGAGUGUAUAUGUUCCCCACUUGUGA